ACGGAAAAGCCGGCAAGGGAAGGGUAACAAAGAGAUAAGGGACGGAUAAUCGUGACAGAAAGACAGAUUUUAUGCGAAGUUCGACAAACUUUCAAGUUUUAUGUCAUUUCAUCACCAAUUUACCAUAGUUGCAUUGUCAUUCUAUUCUCUCGUUUCAUCGUGGCUUUUUUGCGUUCCGGUCGGUUCGUGAAAUUUUUUUUCCUGUAUUGAAAACGCAGCAGUUUUCGAGUAUUUCAACGUUGCAAAUCCACCACAACGUAAGAUUACGCCCUAGGAUUGGCAUUUCGAUAAAAUUUCAUCGUCGAGUAGAUUUGACCGCGUGGAAGUUUUCUCGAGUCGUUCGAAAUGGAUUCCAUGUCCCCUAAAUCACCCGAACAAUCCGAGAAGAAUAAAAAAUACGACCGUCAAUUAAGAUUAUGGGGUGAUCACGGUCAGCAGGCUUUAGAAAACGCUCACAUCUGCGUUGUGAAUGCCACUUCACUCGGCACUGAAAUUUUGAAAUCUUUGGUUCUACCCGGCAUCGGUUCGUUUACCAUUAUCGACGGGAGCAAAGUUCGUGAAGAAGAUGUCGGUGCUAAUUUUUUUCUCGACAUGGAAAGUAUCGGUAAAUCUAGAGCCGAAGUCGCCGCGCAAUUUUUACUCGAGCUGAAUCCAGACGUUCACGGCGAUUUUAUCGAUGAAAGUUUACAGCAGAUAUUGAACAAUAAUCCGUCCUUCUUUAAUAAUUUCUCGUUAGUCGUCGGAACGUCGUUAUCGGAACAAGAGAUCGGUUUGUUGUCGGCGAAACUUUGGGAUCUAAAUAUUCCGCUAAUAAUCUGUCGAAGUUACGGAUUCAUUGGUGCGGCCAGACUUCAAGUUAACGAGCAUACCGUUAUUGAAUCUCAUCCCGAUAAUCAGAAUCCUGAUUUACGAAUCAUUCAACCGUUUCCGGCGCUGAAAGAGCAUCUUGAUUCGUACGAUUUGGAUUCGAUGGAGUUGAAAGAUCACGCUCAUGUUCCUUACGUGGUAAUUUUGUAUAAAUGCGCUCAACAGUAUUUUCAAAUCAACGGUAAAUUUCCGCAGACGUACAAGGAAAAAGAGUCGUUCAAGGAAAUGAUCAGAAAAAAAAUGAAACUCGACGAAAACGGAAUACCUCACCACGAAGAGAAUUUCGAAGAAGCUUUACACGCUGUUAACUUCGCCAUCACUUCUACACCGAUUCCGAAUGAAAUCAAGAACAUUCUAAACGACGAUAAAUGUGUUAAUUUAACCGUUAAGAGUAAACCGUUCUGGAUUAUGGCUCGUGCAUUGAAAGACUUCUUCGAAAAAGAAAAAUGUCUACCGGUUCGCGGUACGUUACCCGAUAUGACGGCGGAAACCAAGAGCUACGUUAACUUACAACAAAUAUAUCGGGAUAAAGCUUCCAAAGAUGCAGAUUCGGUCUACAAACGUGCUCAACAGUUAUUGCGUCAGUUGAAUCAGUCGCCCGAUUCGAUUUCAGAACCAGAUGUUAAAUUGUUUUGCAAGCAUGCUUCAGAUUUGAGAAUUCUUAGGACUACGUAUAUCGAGUCAGAGUACAAAGAUCGCGUUUACAAUUCAUCGUAUAUCGCAUCGCAGCUGGAAGAUCCGGAUAGCAUGAUGGACUUUUACGUGAUCCUUCGAAGCAUCGAACGAUUCUACACGGAAUUCAAAGAAUAUCCUGGCGAUUUGGACGAUCACGUAGAACCCGAUAUCGUGAAACUAAAGACUUGCUUAUCGAAAUUGUUAGCUGAAAUAGGCUGCGGUGGUCUGAUAAAAGACGACGUUAUCCAUGAAUUUUGUCGAUAUGGCGGAGCAGAAUUGCAUUCGGUCUCGGCUUUCUUAGGAGGAUGCAUCGCCCAUGAAAUCAUUAAAUUGGUGACCAGUCAGUACGUACCAUUUAACAAUAUAUUAAUUUACAACGCCGUUACAUCGAAUGUGGUAACGUUCACGAUGUGAAUAAUAUUUUCUCGUCGUCGUGGUAUUCGAAUCGUCGACAUGUGUAUGUUUUACUGUUGUAUUUUACGUAUAAAAAGGUUCGUUAUCGUUAUCUCUUACGGAUAGGCUUCGACGUUCUCAUGCACAUGUGUGCGCAACUUACAAAGCUAAUGUCUUUCAUGAAGGGCAUGGUGUGAUAACUGGUUCCCAACAUAUGCGACACUCGUCUCAAUUGUUGGCCGGAAGUUGACCUCCUCAAAUAGUGCUAUCGUAAACUGUCUAAACACGUGUGUUGUUUUAUGAAGAAAAAAAAAUACUUUGAAAAUGAUAUUCGAUUUUUUUUUUUUUUUUUCGUCGAGGUUGGUUGACAAUAUUGCUUCGCGUUAAUAAUGGUGGUAUAAAAGCAGGUGUACAGGUGCUAAUGCGAUGUGCCUGUGUGUACUGUGUUGGGUUGGAUGGAUUGAUAAAUUAGGGCGGAAAUGCUAUGCAGGCUGCAGGUAUUUUCUAGUCGUUUGAAAUGAAUCUGUAAUGACUGAAUUUAGUUUUCGACUUCGUUCGUUGGUUGGUCGGUCUCCUCGGUACGUUAUGUGGACGUGUAUCGAAGUACAUAGGUGGCUUGUAUGCAAUGACUUGAAAUUUUUUUCGUAUCGAGGUACAGUUUAGUAGUUGCAACCGGUGCGUGUGGUUGAAUUCGAGUUCGAGUUCGAGUUCGUGUUCGUGUGUGAGAUUUUUGAAAAUUCAACUGCUGCGUGUGGAGUAUGAAUGGAUUUUUGGGUUCGUAUUUUUUUUAUUGCUUUUCUUGUUUGAAUUGCAUUUUUAAUUUAAUUAUUUGAGAAUUGUGUUUCGAUUCGAAUUAUGUGUGGAUUUUUUAAAAUUGGAGAUAAGUUGAAACGUGUCUCGGUUGAAUUGAGGGUUUGCUUAAUCGAUGGGUUAGCUUCUCAGUCACCCUGAAAAAUUGUGCUUUUUUCAAAAUUGCUUCGAAGAAUUAGUUUUCAUUAUUUUUUUCAUUCGAAAUUUCAAGGUUUCUUUUUGCGAUUUUAAAAAUGGAAAUACGUUUUACCCACAGAAUAGCUAAAAGUGUCUUACUUUCUAUCAUUUUUUCAAUCAAGUAUUAAAAUUUAGCAUUAAAUUCUAAUUUUCUUUGAUACUUUUGGUUUUUUUGAAAAUUUCGGUAUUUUUUAUGAUCUUUAUGGACGUGUGACGAAGUAGGUGCCUUGUAUGCCAUAACUUGAUUUUUUUUUCAUACCGAGAUACAGUUUGGUAGUUGCAAUCGGUGUGUGUGAGUUCGUGUGUGAGAUUUUUGGAAAUUUAACUGAUUCAUAUGAAACACGAAUGAAUUUUUGGGUUCGUAUUUUUUUUUAAUAUUGCUUUUCACGUUUAAAUUUGAUUUUUAAUUUAGUUAAUUGAGAAUCGUGUUUCGA